GGAUUACAAUUCACAACUGAAGCUUUCAGUUAGAAUGAAGUGCAAGAAUAUUCCGGCUGAGUUCCAUCGUGAAAGAGUUGGCGUUGCAUCUAGUGCAGAUGCUCGAUUCACCCAUAACAAGAUCGAAGAAUGGAUUGAUAAUCUUGAUAUUCAUGCUUAUGGCAGGCUCUAUCUUGAAAUAGUAGAUGCUCCUCCAGUGCUCGAUUUGGAUUUUCUAUCAAUACUAAGCUUGAAGUUGAACUGGUUUGUCGCCGCUUCAACGGAACUUGCUAUUAUACCACACAACCAAGAACAUCACCAUCUAUUUCACUUGACUAUUCCGUAUGGAUUGGUGAUUUAUACACUUUGACUGUUCUGUACUGUAUGGAAUUUGAGUAUUCAUAAGAAUGACUUGUCUUAUACUCCCUCCUGGAGUCUCCAAGACGAAAUCUU